AUGGCACUGACGACCGUCGAGCCUCCCGUCCAAUCCACGAAAUCCCUCGCUCCUCCACCUGAUGUGAUAACCACACCCUGCGACCCAUGGCCUCGACCCUACUACCUCGAAGACAAUCUCCGCAGAGUUGCGCCAUACCACUUUACAUACAACACAAACGUAAAAGAGCGAUGGCGGGGGAGAGAGUUGUUGGACAUCUUUCGCGAGGAGUUUCGUGACCGGCCGGAGGAGUAUUAUAAAGAUGCCAUAGAUACGGGCAAGAUCCAAGUCAACGGUCAAUCGUCCACCCGCAUCGCUCACGUCAAGAACGGCGAUGUGAUAAGUCAUACUCUGCAUCGCCAUGAGCCGCCCGUGACAGCCCAGCCCAUCGGUAUCGUACAUGAAGACGACGAUAUGAUCGUCAUCAAUAAGCCUGCCGGUGUACCUGUUCACCCUGCAGGCCGCUACAAUUACAACAGCGUGGUGGAAAUUAUGCGUGCGCAGAGGGGCCACCAAUGGAACCCACUUCCUUGUAACCGCCUGGAUCGACUGACGAGUGGGGUCAUGUUUAUCGGCAAGCAUAAGAAGGCUGCGGAGGCGCUCACGGAACAGCUGAUGGGCAGGACGGUGAGGAAGGAGUAUGUGGCAAGGGUGAGAGGGGAGUUCCCAGCCGAGGAUGUGGUUUGCGAGCAGCCGAUCCUGCAGAUCUCGCCGAAACUGGGGCUGAACAGAGUUCGUGCGAAUGGCAAACAAGCCAAGACUGUGUUCAAGCGACUGGCGUACUAUCCACCCAAACCUCCACAGCCGAACACCGACAUAGAAGAAGGUCCUUCCAAACAAGGCUACUCCAUCGUCCGCUGCCUCCCCCUUACAGGCCGCACCCACCAACUUCGCGUCCAUCUCCAAUUCCUUGGUCACCCUAUAAGUAACGACCCCAUUUACGCCAAUCGCCGCGUCUUCGGCUCCGCUCUAGGCCACUCCGUAAGCACCUCAGAUGACGACGAAGACAUAAUGACCCGCCUAGCCCGCAUGGGCAAAGAUGAAAUCGCCGAAGCGGUCGCCUACGAAGACGAAAUGGUGGCUGACUACAAUGCCAAGAAAGCGGAGAAAAUGACAGGAGAGUUGUGUGAGAUUUGUGACACGCCGUUGUAUUCCGACCCCGGUCCUCAUGAGCUGGGGAUUUAUCUUCAUGCGAAGAAGUAUGCUGAUGCGGAUGGGAGAUGGGGCUAUGAGACGCCGUUACCUGCUUGGGCGCUACCGCCUGAGGGUGCUAAGGGACCUGUGGAAGUAACGAGUGAAAGUGAUCCGGCGAAAUUUGUUCAGGCUGAGGUCGAUUUUAUAGAGUAA